GCCGCUUGGGCUGCCUUUCAUUUCACUUGGGAAAUCUGUGUGGUGAGGUGGUGGCGUUGUGUGUGUGUGGGUUGUAGGGAGCCGGCUCCAUGUCCCAGCUGCAGGGAAACUAGUACGUGUUGGCACAAGGAUUACAGUGGCUCAGGUGUGCGGCUGGAAUUUUGGGGAAGAUGGCUGAAGGAAAAAGCAAGGGCAGGGUCGGUGAUUGCGGGAUACAGCUGGUGGUGGAGCCGCGCGUGUGCCUGCAUGAUACACCUACCAGCAUCAUGGUGAAAGGACUACAGCCCCAAGCUUUAGUCACCCUCACACUCACCACUCACAACGACGCCUCCCAGAAGUUCCUCUCUUACGCCCACUAUGUGAGUGACGACAGUGGAACAGUGGAAGUGGAACGAAGCGAGGCAGUGGGCGGCUCCUACACCGGCGUAUUCCCUGCAGGACUGCUUUUAUCCCUGAAGGAGUUCCCACAUAAUUACACACGUCUCCAAAAGGAAGAUCCCACCACUCCUUGGCUGAUGACACUCGCGGUGCACGAAGGCCACCUGACGUUGGAGCAGAGUGCCAUCAGCGAGGGAUUGACUGACGCCCUGCUUGAGCGCCAUAUCAUGACUCCUGGCGUGCGGCGUGAACCAGUCGUCCACGAGAGAGUUCGCGGAAAUAUAUUUUUUCCCGCAGGUCCCGGCCCUUAUCCUGCCGUCAUUGACAUCUUUGGCGGGUUUGGCGGGUUAAAGGAGUACAGAGCAUCUAUGCUGGCUUCUAAAGGUUUUGCGUGCCUCGCUAUCGCUUAUUUCAACUACGGCGAUCUUCCUAAGGUCUUAGAGACCUUGGACCUGGAAUACUUUGAGGAAGCAGUGGAGUACAUAUUGCAACAGCCUGGCGUCAUCCCUGACCGGUGUGGUAUCAUCAGCUCAAGCAAGGGAGCUAACCCAGGUCUAGGUAUGGGCAUCUACCUGCCCAAGGUGACAGCAGUUGUGUCCAUCGGAGGCAAACUAAUUGGCGAUACGCCUCUCACAUUCCGCGGACAGCAAUUAUGGAAGACUCUAAAACUUGACCAUAGCUACUAUCAUAUAGGGGAACACAAUAUAGUCACUUUGAAGGAAAGCGCUGUAAAGAACUUGUAUACUCACGACCAUCCAGGUUUGCCACCUUGUGAGAAUGCUCCUGAUGACACGCACUUCCUGCUUAUAGCCGGUGACGAUGAUCGGUGUUUAACCAAGCUGGAAAUUGAGGCCAUGAUGCAUCGCAUGAAGUUACAUGGACGAGAGCGUCAGUGCCAAGCUGUUAUCUAUAAUGGCGCAGGGCAUAUAAUUGAGCCACCUUAUAACACUCACCCAGACUAUUCUAUAUAUAACAUGGGAUUCACAAAAAUAAUAAUGAAAUGGGGUGGGACUCCUUGGGGAACAUGCAAGGCCCAAGAGGAUAACUGGUAUAAUAUGAAGAAGUUCCUGGAAAUGCACGUGCGGGAUCGAAGUGCCUGGUACCAGCAAUAUUUGGAGCGCACCCGCGCGGAGAAACCCUGAUCCAGCAGAGCAUCAACAUGUUUUUUUUUUUUUUUUCAGUAAUCUUUGAGGUAUGCCAUGUUAUAUUUAGUUCCCAUUGACAGGUUAGUCAUUUUAACUCAAAAGAAAUGAAAAACUAUGUACUACUGUUCGAGUCUUUACAGAAGUAUUUAUAUGUAAAAAGCACCGACAAUCUGUUGUAGCCCAAACUUAUCACUUGUGUGAAUUACUUUAGAGCUGCAAAGUUCUUUCACUCACCAUAUUCUGCUACUACUCUCUCAUUAAUUCAUUCAGAUUACCGAGUGGUUAGGCCAUGGGUUUAAAGUAUGGUAUGCCAUAAACGCAGCUUAGAAAAAACAGUAAAUAAUCAUUCAAAAUACACCCGCAGGUAACAAUAAGCAAUAACUCCACAGCAUAACACAAUUUCAAGGUAAAUUCAAGUAACUUCGCUCUGGCAAAUUAUUAAGUCUCACUUAAUUAUUAAAAUAUGUACAUUAAUGCAUUUGCGAUCGCUUAGUAACGCUUUACUUUUCAUCAAACACAUGAAUGCACACUUAACAUAAUCAUAUGAUAAAAUAAUCAAACACUACAUGCAAAAAACAAAGAUAAUAAAAUACUUGGUCACUGCAUGCGAAGGACCACAGAAAAUAUCAUGUCACACAUCUCAAUCCAGUAUUAAAUCAAAAUAUGAAACACAUAAAAUAUAUGAAAGGCCAUAGUAUACUGAACACAUUUAAAGGCGAAACACUUAGGGCACAUAGGAAAAAUUAUCUAAGUA